AUGUCCUCAAAGGCCAUCCUCACCGCGCUACCACAACCCGUGACUCUCACGACCGUACAAUUCGCAUUUGUAUCUGGAUGGUGUCUGCUGCUUGCGGCCGCGGCGCGCAGAUUUCCCCGCUUGAAGCAGACAUUGCCCUUCCUGAAAUACGGAAUCCGCUCGCCAUCAAAGGACCUCAUAAUGGCCACGCUACCUCUUACAUGCUUUCAAAUUGGCGGACACAUUUUGAGUGCAGACGCAACGUCAAGGAUACCUGUGUCGCUGGUACACACAAUCAAAGGCCUGUCCCCGCUGCUCACGGUCGGAGCCUACAGCAUCUUCCUCGGAAUCACAUACUCGCUGCCAACCUACCUGUCCCUGAUCCCCCUCACGGUCGGCGUCAUCCUCGCCUGCUCCGCAGACUUCAACGCCAACUUCAUCGGCCUCCUGUCCGCCUUCGCCAGCGCAAUCCUCUUCGUCGUGCAAAAUAUCGUGUCCAAGCAAAUCUUCAACGACGCUGCCGCAGCCGAGAAGGACGGUCUCCCACCAUCCCGUUUCACCAAACCCGACAAGUUGAACUUGUUAUGCUACUCAUCUGGUCUCGCCUUUCUCUUCACCCUCCCCCUCUGGCUCUGGUCCGAAGGCUUUACCCUCCUCGGCGACUUCCUGCACGACGCCUCCAUCGAACUCUCCGACCGCCCGGGCUCCUUCGACCACGGCCGCUUACUCCUCGAAUUCCUCUUCAACGGCACCUUCCACUUUGGCCAGAACAUCGUCGCGUUCGUCCUGCUCUCCAUGGUCUCCCCCGUCACGUACUCCGUCGCCAGCCUGAUCAAGCGCGUCUUUGUCAUCGUCUUCGCAGUCGUCUGGUUCGGCAAGCCCAUCACCAAAGUCCAGGCUUUCGGCCUGUGCCUGACGUUCGUCGGCCUGUACCUGUAUGAUCGCACGAGCGAUGCGAAGAGAGUGGAUAAGCGGGCCAAGGCCAUGCAGGCGAAGGGCCAGGGCACGCUUUUGCCGUUGGCUACGGAUGUCAAGAGUCGCGCGGGGUUCAUGGCCAGCCCGUCGAGUAUGUCGGCGGGCACGGCGGCGCACCCGAUUUCGAGCAUUGCUGAGGCGCGAGAUGAGAAGAGGGAUGAUGAUGCGACUGGGUCGCGCAGACACGAGGCCGGGAAUGGAUAUUUACCGCCCGGCACGAAAGCGGAAGAAACAUGGCGGCCGCAUGGGAUGAAUGGACGAACGGGCAUUGGCGUUUCAUAA